GAUUUGACGGUGGGUGGGUCGGAACCAUGGGGGAGCCUUGGGCGGCUCGGGGCGCAGAAGGAGCGCCCACGCGACUGCCGCUGGUGCUCACCGCGCUGUGGGCCGUCGCCGUGGUCUUGGAGCUGGCCUAUGUGAUGGUGCUGGGGCCCGGGCCGCCUCCGCUGGGACCCCUGGCCCGGGCCUUGCAACUCGCGCUGGCUGCUUAUCAGCUUCUUAACCUGCUGGGCAACGUGGGACUCUUCCUGCGCUCCGAUCCCAGCAUUCGGGGCGUGAUGCUGGCUGGCCGCGGCCUGGGCCAGGGCUGGGCUUACUGUUACCAAUGUCAAAGUCAGGUGCCACCGCGUAGUGGGCACUGCUCUGCCUGCCGUGUGUGCAUCCUUCGUCGUGACCACCACUGCCGCCUACUGGGCCGCUGCGUGGGCUUCCAUAACUACCGGCCCUUCCUGUGCCUGCUGCUUCACGCUGCUGGUGUCCUGCUCCACGUGUCGGCGCUGCUAGGCCCUGCCCUGUCAGCCCUGCUGCGGGCCCACUCAGCCGUCUACACGGUGGCGCUCCUGCUGUUGCCCUGGCUCAUGCUACUCACAGGCAAAGUGUCUCUGGCCCAGUUCGCCUUAGCUUUUGUGGUAGACACAUGUGUGGCGGGUGCACUGCUGUGUGGUGCUGGACUGCUUUUCCAUGGGAUGCUGCUGCUGCGGGGCCAGACUACAUGGGAGUGGGCUCGGGGUCAGCACUCCUAUGACCUGGGCACCAGCCACAACCUGCAGGCAGCCCUGGGUCCGCGCUGGGCCCUAGUCUGGUUCUGGCCUUUUCUGGCCUCCCCUUUGCCUGGAGAUGGGAUCACUUUCCAGACACCAGCUGAUGUGGGUCUUGUGACUUCCUGAGUCCAGGUAGAGCUAGAACUGACUAGGGAGGAGGGGAGCAGAGGCGGGAGCUGAAGAACUUGCUUUCAGCUUCUUGCCAGCCAUAGGAAAGAGGCCAGGUCAGCCCUUCAUGCCUGUAGUGUGCAGCUCUAGCUCCCUCCUUGACCCUGCCCAGUGUGGCCUCUUCCAUAUCUAGAGUUCAGACACUGCAACUCGGCCCCUUUUGGCAGAGGAGGGUCUGCCUGUCUGCCCCUCUACCUGGCUGGUUCUUGGCCUCCCCAGUCUUUACUGGGUUCCUAUCCCUCACUUCAUCAUUUUGCUUGCUGUUUUCCAGUUCCCAUGCUUGUCAGGCCUGGAGAUUACAGAAGACGUGAGACCCUAAUGGGCAGGAUCCAGGCCAGGAGAAUUCAAAUGUGCUCUAGAGGAUAGCACUCCAAAAAAACGUCUCUGCAGCAGGGAUUUCCAGGGAGCUAAUGUAGCUCUCCUGUAUGUGGGUCCAGAGUUAGGAUCGUUGUUUUGUAAGAAACAUCAAGCUCUGCUAAGCCAUGUGCCAAGACUGUGGGGAAGAAAUGUAGACUUUGCUGGCCUUAAAGAAAUCCACCUGCUUAUGCUUUAUACUUUCUGCUUUUUUGUUUUUUUUGAAACAGGGUUUCUCUGUGUAGCCCUGGCUGUCCUGGAACUCGCUCUGUAGACCAGGCUGGCCUCUAAAUCAAGAGAUCUGCCUGUCUCUGUCUCCCGAAUGCUGGGAUUAAAGACGUGCGCCACCACUGCCUGGCUUUGCUUCUGCUAAGUGCUACGAUUAAAACAUUCACCACCAUGCCUGGACUAAGAGGUUAGAUUUGAACCCAGAUCUUUGAAUCUGCUUUACUUUUCAGAGCUUAACUGAGUAGGAGAAACAUGAAGGCAAAACCAACCAGCUUCCAGGUGUUCCAGAGCCUGUGAAGGAUGAUUUUAAUAUUUAUUUGUGUGUGUGUCUGUGCUCAUGAGUGUGCUUUUGUACAUGCAUGGGCAUGCAUAUGUGGGUGCCCUUGGAGACCAGAAGAGGGCAUUAAAUCCCUUGGAGCUAGACUUACAGGCUGUUGUGGGUACUAGAAACUAAACUUGGGUCAUCUGUAAGAGAAAUAUAUAGUCUUAACUACUAAGCCAUCUCUCCAGCUCCCCUUUUUUUUUUUUGGUUUUAGAACAUUUUCUAUUAUAUUAUUAUUAUUUAUUAUCAUUGUUAUUAUUGAGAUAGAAUCACCUUUAGUAUCCCAGGCUGGCCUGGAACUUUCUGUGUAACCCUGGCUUCCCUGGAACUCACAGCAAACCGCCUGUCUCAGACGUCAAUCAGUGGGAAUUGUAGGUGUGGUGAGUCGACACAGCUGGCUUUCAGCAUACUGUAGAAAUAUGGUACACAGCUAAACAUGACUGCUUCAGCACCCCUGGCAUCUGUCUGCCAUUAGACUCACCAAAUAAUAGAGAAGUAAAAAUAAUAUAAAUUUGUAAAGGGAAAGAAGACAGAUGUUUGUAUACCAAAGAGCCUGACAAUGUUUUGAAACAUGAUAGAGGCUGGGAGCUUGUCUUAGCAGAGAAUUGAAAAUCAAAAUUACUUGUUCCUAAAGAGAGGGGAGGGUAAGCAAGGCAGAACUUCCCCAGCACUAGGAAAGGCGAGGUGGGGCGUCGGGCUAACCUUGGAUGGGUAUUGGACAGUUUGUAUCAGGAGAUGUGAGCUGCUCCUCUCCACAGACCUCACCCACCCCUGCAGCCACCCUUCUGGAGUGUGGCGGUAUCUGGGACGUGGUGGUAGGGUGAUAAGGAAGACAGAUUGGACCAGAGAAGCUCUAGAUCUCAGGGGCAACAGAAAAGAUAGGAAUAGGGACUGGGUCACAAAUAGAGCUAAAGCCACAGAAAAUGUUGGCUGUCGCCUGCAGAUAAUCAUAUGCCCUGUCCCCAGGAGCUUACCCUCCGGGUGGGCUUUACCUGUACUUAGAGGUCAUUGCUUGCACUCAGCAUGCUUUGUUCCUAAGAGAUUAGGAGCACACGUGUUGUAUGUAGCAGAUCUGGUAUCCUCUUCUACCCACCAUGCUGCAGAAUAUCUAAUUUCCAUGUCAUUUUGAGAUACGAAAGGCCCCCUGCAUCUAUGUGAAAUCCAGCUUUCUGGGUCAUGAACAAGGUUUAUCUCCUCAAUGAAUGCUUUCUUAGUUUUUGAGACAGGGCCUUACUUUGUAGCUCUUGCUGACCUAGAACUUACUGUGUAGACCAGGCUGAUCUCCAACUUAGAGAUCUACCUGCCUCUGCCGCCUGAGUGCUGGGACUAAAGGUGUGCACCACCAUGGCAGCUUUACAUAUUUUCAAUAAAGUUCUUUCUGGUAAAUA